AUGGCUUCAGUUUAUAUAGAUGCAGAAGAACCAUUGUGCAUAAGUGGCGACAAUGGAGGGGGCAUAUUUAUUUGGGAAAUCGCUGCCCCUUUUAGGCAAGAUCCCUUGAGGAAAUGGAGUGAGAAGAAGGAUUGGCGCUUUAGUGGUAUCCACUCCUUGACUAUUUCCAAAAAAAUUGUUCUCUUUACACUGGAAGUGGAGAUAGAGCAAUUAAAGCUUGGUCAUUAA